UAAUGCAGCAGCAGCAGCAGCAGCAGCAGCAGAAGCAGCAGCAGCAAGCCAUGAUAGACGAGCUGCUGGAGAUGAGAUUAAAAGCAGUGUUUCAGCAGCAGCAGCAGCAGCAGCAGCUGCAGCAGCAGCAGCAGCAGCAGCAGCAGCUGCAGCAGCAGCAGUUGCUGCAACAGCAGCAGCUGUUGCUGCAGCAGCAGCAGCAGUAUCCCAUGUGGCUCAGACAUGCACCAGAAGAUCAUGCAGCAGCAGCAGCAGCAGCAGCAGCAGCUCCUGCUGCUGCUGCUGCUGGUAGUGGAUUCCCUGCAGCAGCAGCAGCAGCAGCAGCAGCAACAGGUCGUUGUCCCUUCGCAGCAAAACGGGGUGUAUCGACACCUCCUUGCUGCUGCAGAGGAUCAGCAGCAGCAGCAUCAAGAGAAGCAACAGACACAGCAGCAGUAGCAGCAGCAGCAGCUGCUGCAGCAGAAGCAGCAGCAGCAGCAGCAGCAGCAGAUACAGCACCAAGUGCAGCAGCACAGCGGCAGCAAGCAGCAGGGCCGUGUUCAUGCGGCUCUGCUUCUAUGUCUACCUCUGCUGCUGCUGCUGCUGCUUCUGCUGCUGGCAACAAGGGGCAGACAGCAGCAAAAGGGUUUGGCUUGAAUGAACAAACCACUGAACUGCAGCAGCAGCAGCAGCAGCAGCAGCAGCAGCAGCACGAAGAUGCUCAGCUGCAGCAGCAGCAGCAGCUGGUGCAGGAGCAGCAACAACAGCAGCAGAAGCAGCAGCAACAGGAGCAGCAAGAACAACAGCAACAGCAACAGCAGCAGCAACAGGAGCAGCAGCAGCAGCAGCAGCAGCAUGAUGCAUCAGAGCAGCAGCAAACUCAGCAGCAGCAAGACAUGGAGCAGCAAGAACAACAGCAACAGCAACAGCAGCAGCAACAGGAGCAGCAGCAGCAGCAGCAGCAGCGGCAGCAGCAUGAUGCAUCACAGCAGCAGCAAACUCAGCAGCAGCAAGACACACAAGAAGACAGGCAGCUUCUGCAGCAAGCAGAAGAACCGAUCCGUCACCAAGUGCACGAGCAGCAGCAGCAGCAGCAGCAGCAGCACCAGCAGCAGCAGCAGCAGCAGCAGCAGCAGCAGCAGCAGCAGGUGAAUAUGGAGCCGCUGCAGCUAGCAGCAGCUCGCCGGGUUUCUUCUGUUGCAUCUCAGGUGUCUCCCCACCUGCAGCAGCAGCAGCUGUCUCCUCCCUCUGCUGCUGGGCUCACACAGCAGCAGCAGCAGCAGCAGCAGCAGCAGCUGCAGCAGCAGCAGCAGCAGCAGAGUCCGUGGGGUACACCCGAAGCCACUGACACAGAGACAAUGCAAUCGAAGCACCUGCUGCAGCGCAACAGAGAAACACACAGCAGCAGCAGCAGCAGCAGCAGCAGCAGCAGCAGCAGAUGGGAGCAGCAAACUAACAGCCGCUGGGGAGCGAAGGUGAUUCCUCGGGCCUCAACCCCUGUUGCUGCUGCUGCUCCUGCUGCUGCUGCUCCUUCUGCUGCUGCUGCUGCGGGCCACACAGUCUUCUUGGGGCACAGGAGGAAGCCUACGCAGCUGCUGCAGCAGCAGCAGCAACAGCAACAGCAGCAGCUGCUGCAGCAGCAGCAGCAGCGAAGAAGCCCUCAAGACAGAACGGUGUUGGUGUCAAGAGGGAUGCAGCAGCAGCAGCAGCAGCAGCAGCAGCAGCAGUACCAACAGCAGCAAAGACAGCCGUGGGAGCAACAGGAGCAGCAGCAGCAACAACAUCGCCAACAGCAGCUGCAACGGCAACAGCAGCAGCAGCAGCAACAACAGAGCAGCAGCUGUCUCCUCCCUCUGCUGCUGGGCUCACACAGCAGCAGCAGCAGCAGCAGCAGCAGCAGCAGCAGCAGCAGCAGAGUCCGUGGGCAGCAGCAGCAGCAGCAGCAGCAGCAGCAGCAGUGGGCCCGUGAAAGCCUUUGGCUGCAUGCAGCAGCAGAGGGAAGCCACCGUCGUUUGCCUCGCCCAGUAAGUGCUCCUCAAUACCCAGCAGCAGCAGCAGCAGCAGCAGCAGCAGCAGGAAGAGCAGCAGCAGCAGGAGGUGCAGCAGCAGCAGCAGGAACUGUUGUCGUAGGGAGACACAGCAUGAGGGCCCCUGGGGGCCCCCCAACAAACAGCUUACACACCGUGAGGGUACCGAAGGCAGCAGAAACACAAAGGGGGCCCCCAGAGACAGAGGGGGGCCCCCCUGGGGGCCCCCCUGAAGGUACCCCUGAGAAGAAGCAGCAAGAAACUAGUACUGCUGCUGCUGCUGCUGCUGCUGCACAGCAGCAAAGACAGCCGUGGGAGCAACAGGAGCAGCAGCAGCAACAACAUCGCCAACAGCAGCUGCAGCGGCAACAGCAGCAGCACCAGCAACAACAGAAGCAGCGGGGGCCCCCAGAAGGGUACUCAGGAGAGGGGCCCCCAGGGGGGCCCCAGGAAGGGUACUCAGGGGGGGGGCCCCCAGGAAGAUACUCAGUAGGGGGGCCCCCAGGGGGGCCCCCAGGGGGGCCCCCAGGAAGAUACUCGGUAGGGGGGCCCCCAGGGGGGCCCCCAGGAAGAUACUCAGUAGGGGGGCCCCCAGGGGGGCCCCCACAGCAGCAACGCAUGCACAAGGAGAAGCAGCAGAAACAGCAACCGCAGCAGCAGCAGCAGCAGCAGCAGCACAAGCAGCAAACCCCACAGCAGCAGCAGCAGCACAAGCAGCAACUCCUACAGCAGCAGCAGCACAGGCAGCAACUCCCACAGCAGCAGCAGCAAAAGCAACACAAAUCCCCAUAG